AUCUGCAGCCUCCCACGUGGUCCGCAGGGCGGGCGCAUCUCCACCAGUCGAACAUGCGACUUUUAGGGAGGCAAACAUUUGGACCCAUUUGUAGUUGCGCUCGCACACGCACGUCGGCUGCUCCUCAACAGGAAAAACAACGACCCGCGAGUCAGCAGGCGCUUCAUCUGUCAUUAGUGCCCAGAUCGCUCCCAUCUGUGCGCGGCGUAAACCCGGUGCGCACCGCCUCCUGUUCCAAGACUCAUUUUGAACCCCGCGCCUGGUGAACUGGAGCUGGGGGUUGUGAACGUGUUAACAGCGCUGCUUAGUGAGUCCACAGAGGCUAAUUGCAAUUAGCUUGCAGGGCAACACAAAGAAAAAACCAAGUUGUUUUGCCAACUUUCAACCCUGAAGCAGGAUGGAUACAGCCAGCGAGUCAGCCGGGGAGAGUAAGCCGGUGUGCCAGUGUGCCCCCAAGUCUGCGGUCCAGCGGUGGUUGCCCGGUUUGCCCGUCGCUCUCUGCCUGCUCAUGUCCCUGAGCUCCAUCGCCCUGUGUCUCCUCAUGAGCCUCAAGACCUUCCAGCUGGAGACCCGCCUGCAGAUGGAGAUGGACAAGGCGUCCGUCUUCAGCCCGCCGCACAGGGCUUUUCUAAACGAGGACGGGACCCUGGUUCCAGAGCUCAGCGUCCCAAUAGGGAAGCUCGUGGAAGAGAAAGUGGUGGUGCUGAUGCCGAAAGUGCGAACAGCAAGGGAUGCUGGUCAAGAGUGCUCCUGUCCUCCAGGGCCUCCAGGAAAGCGUGGAAGAAUGGGAAGACGAGGGGAAACUGGAGCUCCAGGCAAGGCUGGACGGGAUGGAUACCCGGGUCCACUUGGCAUGGAUGGCAAACCAGGUUUACCGGGUCCUAAAGGAAGCCAGGGACUAGCCGGCCCCAAGGGAGAUAAGGGUGACCAGGGAGACAUGGGGCCACGGAUGGCCUUUCCCCGCUAUGACCACGGCUUUCUCUCUGGAGAGCAGUCCGGCAGCUUUCAGAGACGUUUCCUGAAGGGUGACCAGGGCCAGGCAGGACCCGCUGGUCUUCCUGGUCCCCCAGGUCCUCCAGGUCCCAGAGGCCCCCCUGGGAACACAGGCAAAGACGGGCCCCGUGGCCCUGCUGGAGAGCCGGGUCUUCCAGGUCGUGAUGGCUCUGAGGGACCACAGGGGUUGUCUGGAAAGCCGGGAGAGGCCGGUGAGCCCGGCUAUCAAGGGCCACAGGGUCAUCCAGGGACGAAGGGCGAGCCAGGUGUAGCAGAAAAGGGAGAGAGAGGUAUGGAUGGACUCCCAGGAUUAAAGGGUGACAAAGGGGAGAUAGGACAGCAAGGACCAGAGGGAGCCAUGGGUUAUCCUGGAGAAAAAGGCGCCACAGGUUCUUCAGACAUCAUUGACUUCAAUGGGAAGCUCCUAGAUGCUUUCCAGGCCAUCGACACCAUCAGCAUUUCGGGCCCGCCUGGACCACCUGGACCCCAAGGCCCUUCAGGGGAAAAGGGUGACCUCGGGUUACCUGGUCUAGCGGGAGUUGAUGGGGAGGAGGGACCUCAAGGUGACACAGGUGGGACAGGACCCGCUGGCGAGAGAGGGGAGAAGGGGGAGAUGGGGCUCUCUGGGCCUGCUGGUAUUGACGGACGUAAAGGAGAGAAAGGCGACAGCAGAAUGGACGACAACCUGAUUCAGAUGAUAUCCCAACAAGGCCCACCUGGUCCACCUGGCCCCCCCGGGUCCUCUGGAUCCAUGGGGCUGCACGGGAUGCCUGGUCCUAAGGGUGAGCCUGGAGCUGGUAUGAGGGGAGAGAAGGGGGAGAUUGGUUCACCUGGACCCAGGGGACCAGAUGGCCUCCAGGGUCUCUCUGGAUCUGCAGGGUUAGUGGGUCUUCCAGGUGCAAAGGGAGAAAAAGGCAGAACAGGGGAGCCUGGACUAGAUGGUUUCCCAGGUAUGAUGGGAGACAAAGGUACCCGAGGAGAAAGAGGAGAGAAGGGCGACAGGGGGACAGUAGGGAAAAGGGGUCUAAAGGGCCAGAAGGGAGAGCAGGGUCCCCCAGGAUUGGACCAGCCUUGUCCUGUGGGCUGUGAUGAGACUAAAGGUGUGUCUGUGGAGACGGAGCUUUCUUCCCCUCCAGCUCCUCCUCUUCCUCCUUCCAGCCCUGAGGCCCCCUGUCCUGUGGGACAAGAUGGGAUGCCAAUACCAGGCUGCUGGCACAAGUGAUGACUAACCAGCAGCACUGAAUCUGUACAUAUUGAUCUGGUAUAUAUUGCAACUGAAUACUACAACAAACAACCCACUCCUUUCCCCCACUUUUUUUAUAAGAACUUUUAUAUAAUAUAUUGAGAUUUUUUUUUUAACAUGGACAUUUUUGAGUCCACAGUAUUAUGAAAACAUUUUUUUUAAACUAGAGAUCCGGUGUGGUUGAGAAUGCAGCAGUGCUUUUGAAGACAAGGCGCUGAACUGGCAGUGGGACUCUUACUUUGAAGGACAGUCCAGCUGACCAUGUUGGAGAGAAGAGUGCCUUACUAACACAGUCUGCCUUGCUGCCUGAUAGUAAACGUUGGGAAUGACGGCGUGUGCACUCGCCCCCGGUGGCGAGGACGGAUGGACAGGUCUCUCGGCAGAUGGGGGAGUGUGGGGUCAGUACUCUCUUCUGCUCUCUUUCUUUUCUGAAAGGAGGAUAUGUCGAGGCAGAAGCUCAAACGCAAGCGUCUCUCUCAGCCCUAGAGGGGGUGCGGGGCCUGGUGGAGAAAGGACACAUUGACAGGCAGAGAGCACGAGGGGCAGAUUGGCCUUUAUGCAGCAGCGGAGCCACGCAAAGGCCUCCGUGUCACACCAAACACUCAGACCCCCCCGUUCUGGAAACCCCUUCAGGAGGGGGGGCGACAGAGAACACUGCGAUUCCACAUCCACCUGGGUAGAGAAGACGCACACUGACUGAUGAUGUGACGCGAUAGCUUGAUAACCAGUUUGUUUUGGGGGGGAUGUCACUGGCACAUAACGGAGGAAUUUACUGCACAGAUACAUUGAACACGUGAAGGUGAUCUCCUGUAUGGCCCUUUUGUAAAGCUUUUGCAUGAUCAUAAUCCUGAAAGCUUGUAUGAUGCGUGGCCCCUCGAUGUGACAGGUGACGGUAGAUUCAUUUUCAUUUGCAACAAGCAGUCUUUAAUAGUCUUUCCAUUUGAACAAGCCACUCAGAGGAGUCGGUAGGUCAACCUUUUUUUAUGGCUUACACUUAACAGCAGUGGUGACUCGCGUGUUGUUUUGUUUUAUUCCGUUAGACUCUUGUCUGAUUUUGUCCAGUUACAUUUUUGCAUUCCUGUGCACUGGCAUGUUUGCGGAAUAAAUAAAUGAGUGAAACUUCAAGACCGGGUUUGAAGGAACCAGUCACAGUAUUCAUGUUAUUUCAGUGUUUCAACCAGGGAGCCAAUCAGCUCCAACAUUAGACUGUUUCUGUUUUAGCUGCCUGGACAAACGGUUUGCCGAUCAGAUUCUUUUCUUAAUGAUUUCCAGCGUGACUGAUCAUUAUCUUUUAACCAUUGAUGAAGACAUGUUUAAUUACUGUUGCCAGUUUUACUGUUGUAACUUCUUGCUGCUGACUUAAAUGUGUGUUUUUUUCUGUUUGAUUUUUUUUUUUGAACCAAUAUUAGUCAUUUGAAAUGAAGGACUAACAGACUUUAAGUAUGACAUUUGAAACAGGUGUAUACACAACCCUAGUUUUUUUUAUGGUAAAUAUUCAUUUUAAAUCAGCAAUAGACAGCUUUAAACUUUGAAAAGCCUUUUCUCAGCUGGAAUCAUUUCUUUGUGUUGUUUAAAACUCUGCAUUACAUGUGCAAUCUAGGGUUGUCAAAGUCACACACGUACACAGACAUGCAUCAUUUUUCAAAUAACCUGUAUAAGACUGCAUUAACUAUUUUUAAAAAUAUUUUUGGCUGCAUGUAUACAGGACAGAGAUUACAUGAAAUCAUUAUUUGGUUCUGUUUACAUGUGUAGAAAUACAUUUAGUUUCAUGGUAAAUUGUAUUUUCUUAGCGGUCAUAUAUUAACUCUGCAUUGGUAUUAGUUGCACUUUUUGAUACAAUAUGAAUAAUAUCAAGCAAUCCUCUUUUUUUUUAAGGCAGGAUACAUGUUCAGGUUAAUCACUAGUCUUACCAACUGGUUAUUAAGGAGAAGAACACAAAUGUAUCGGUGAUGUGUGAAUAAAUGAAAAUGGAACUUGCUAGUCCAACAAGGUCAAUUCGUUAAAAGGGCAAUUUAGUAGAAGGAUGACUGGUUCAGUGCUGAAUCCAGUACAGACAGUACAUUGGUAAUCUUGGUCAAUAGAAAUAUUGAGUAGCUGAAGUGUAAGCUGGCUCACGUCACGGUGCAGUCGUCAUGAGUGCAGACCAAACUUCCCUGAAAUUCUGAUGUGCAACAUCUGUGAUUAGCUUUAUUUUUGCAAAGAUCCUUUUUACAUUAUAACUGCUCAGUGCCAAAGUUGCAUUACUGACAUCACACAUAACAAGUUCCAUAUCGGUGGGAUAAACUCAAUGUUUUAUGUUUUUUUUACUUCAGAAAUGUUUUGUGAGAAAGAUCAGUGCAUCAUAUAUUAAACGUAUACAAUGCACUGAUUGGCGAGAGGUAUUCUAGGGAUGUUUUCCAUGAAACAAAGAUCUGUAAAUGAGGUGUAUUACCAUUAAGCUAUCACAGAAUAGCUGACACACAAACUUCAUUUGAGUAACUUUUUGAAUGAGAUUUCUUUGUUUUUAUUGAAAGGUUUAACUGCAAAUUGUGCAGGUCUUGGCAUUAUUUUACUGGAAGCCGAUGGUUAUCUGUCACUUAUCUUUUUAUUUCUUUUGCAGAUUCUAUCAGUUGCAGGUUCAAGGCUUAAUGACGUCAAUAGAUGGCAAAAAUAUCUAACUUUACAGUUUGGUGUUUUAGCAAAUCAUAUAUUACAGUAUUAGCUUGACUUUUUGAGAAUGUUUUUUUUUGGUUGUGUAUUUGGUUGUAAAAGAAUUAAGCUAUUUUUGUAAUUACUUGUCUAAAUAUGUAUAACUUGAGAACUGGUUAACUAAACAUGUAGAAUGAAAUAAACUGGUUUUAUGGUUUCUUGUCUAUUAAAUCAUAAAUAACCAUGUA